CUAGAACCCCUAUUCUCGUUUUUCACGGUUAAGACUCCCCAGGCAUUAUGGAAUGGACUCAGUAAUAGAGCCAGAUUCCUGAGAUCUACAAAUACUCCAUUCAGACUUCAGCCCUCCGCACUCAGCCCUGAUAAUCUAACCCCAGGUGUGAUGGCAUUUGGGUUUACUAAAAUUUCGAAAAAAUGGGUGGGUUUAGAAGGAAUGCUUAGCCCGUAUUCUCUCUUUUCCGUCGAUGGUUGCAGUAUAUUAUAAUUAUAGUCAACUGGAGAAUGUCGAAGAAGAUACAAAUGGCCCAAGGAAAAGUAAGAAGAAAAAAAAGAGUAAAAAGGGCGGAAAAAAGGACAGUUGCUUAAAGAACGAAUCCGAUGGUAGUGCAAGGAAAGAUGGUAUCGAUGACAGUACGAUAGUGGCACCCAUACCGGCUAUGUUUGUCCCACCGAUUGUUGCGGAUAUCUACGAACAAAAUAUGUUACUGGAAAAAAAAUCGAGUCGCGACAAAAUCCCGUUGAUAUAUCCCAACAUAGACGCGAUCAAAAUAGAUAACCCGGUGAUUAGGGUGUCCGGAGAAAAUAUGCCUAUUUUCGAAAUCGAAUCCCCGAAAUCAGAUGGUGAGCCAGUUAUAACAGCUGACCAUAAAAAAGCAGCUGGAAAACCGCGAAUCUUGAAAGGGCGUUAUCAACCUUUGGACGAUGACGAUGUCACUUUAAUGAUGAUCGAAUCCAACAAGUUCACGCUUUCUCCCAAAGAAUCAGGUCUUAGGGUAAGCCCAUCGAAAUUCGCUUUAAAGCCAAAACCGUCACAAGGUGUUCUGACUAAUGGCGAACCGAUACAAAACCAACUAAAUCAUAAAAAGUCAGAUAUGGCGCUAAUAUCAACGACGUGCGACAAAGUCGACGAUAAUACCGAGCUAGAAAUCAAAUCCCAGCUGGGAUCAAUCUUGAAUAACAUAAGGAAAGAAUAUGUGAAGAUCUUUGGGCGUUAAUAUUCAUUCGGAUUCAGUAUCAACGUCAAGGCGAUAAACGGAGGCGAAUAAAUAUUUACCGGA